UUUUAGUGUUGAAGAGCUUCACGAUCAACUUGCUGCUUUGGAGACACUUAUACUUGUUAAAGGGCCGGUAUAGAAUCCGUCGCAAUGUGAGUACUACUAAUUAUGCCUCAUUUCUGCUCUAUUUUCACCAUCUAACAAGCAUUGCAGCAUGCAUUUGAUGUACACACUCGACUCGGAGGGCAAGCGAGUCUAUACCCUCAAGAAGGUCCUCAACGGCCAGGUCACCAAAUCCGCCCACCCAGCCAGAUUCUCUCCUGAUGACAAGUAUUCGAGACAACGAGUUACCUUGAAGAAGCGUUAUGGGCUACUUCUAACCCAACAAGCCGGUACGUGGACGGCCAAUAAUAGCCCUAAGUCGCUGAAAUUAUACUAUUGAGUAGUCUGCUAACUUUUACCUUCUUUGCCAGAAUCGAAAUCGUGAAAUUGUUGGCUUUUAAAACGGAGGCGCAUGGCGUUUUUUAUAUUUGUGGGAUUCAUAUCGGAUUUGGCAUGUCAGGAAUAAAAAUGCAUCCCAUAGGAUAUACACUAUUUGAGCUCAUACUUAAGACUUAAACUCCUUCUUCGAAGCUCCGCGGUGUUGUAAAAACAUGCUACGAAGCAUAAUUUCAUGGAUUCUUAUGAUUUAAGCUGUACUAAUAUGUAUUUUGAUUGAAGCGUACUUUUUUGCAUCUAUAAAUCAUACCCUUAUGCGUAAAUCAUCAUAAUUACUGCCGUUAAACACCCAAAGUUCACCUCUAUCUCCG